AUGGCCUCACAAUGGCCGAAACCAGAGGACUUUGAUGGCGAUAUCGAUCCCUCCGACCUCGUUGAUCGAUUUAAAGACCAUUAUAUGCUGAUCUGUCGCUACACCACCGAUAACCCCGACGCGACUGCAUCCGCAAAAUAUGUCAUGGAUAUUAUGUUCCAAGCCAACAAGGUCGUGGCCCUGCUGGCGAAGAACUUGCGUGAUGUCACCAAUGCGCGCUUUCCUGGGCCGGAACAGCCUCCUGUCCCGAAUCAGCUUGUCUUACACGACCCGCCCACGGUCACUCAAAAUCCGCUUGAAGCGAAGCACGAGAGUUAUACGGAAGGUCCUGCGACCGAUGUUGAAGAGGUUGCCGACGUCGCUCAGGAAUUCUCAGCCAAGGAUCUCUUUGGCCGCGAUUGGGCCGAAGAGGACUCUGAAGAAGACGGGGAUUGGGAAAGUCAAUCUUCAGAAGACGACUCUGAUGAUGACUAUUACGAAUACGGGUCAUUCGGAGAUGACGACGACGAUGACGAAGAUGACGAAGAAGAGGGCGACGACGACGAAGAAGAGGACGAGGCUAGCGUUGAAUGCGAAACGGAAGACCAGGAUGAGGCUGAAGAACAAGAUAAUAAGCAACAAGACGACCAGGCAGGAGACUCUGUACAAGACUAUGUGCAAGCCUAUCUGCAAGAACAAGAAGACGAAGAUGCGCACGAUAACGACGUGCAAGACUACAAUUAUUGCCUAGAGGACUACGAGGAUCCUGCCUAUGUUACCGAUUAUAAUGCGCCAUCAAGCCAAAUCGAGGCCCAGGAAAUCGCGCGCAGGGCUAAGAUGAAGGAGGAAGCCGGGCUUGUAGGAUCAAUGGCAGAAGACACUACUUCAUCUGAGAUUUCGCGUCAAUCACUGCCGCAGCCUGUGACAAGAGGUGAGACGCCUUAUGUUAGAAUUGGCUGGGCCCAGGAAAAGUCACCAUACUUGGACCCAAAUAUCGGCUACGCUAGAUGCGAGGAGACCGUGGAACACGCCAUUAAAAACAGCGCCAAUUUUGGCGUGCGGGCCGUCAAAAUAUUGUACCAAAAUUGGUAUAGAAGUUCUGGAGACUGCGACCUGUUCGUCGGUACGGCGGCAGACCGAGAGCGCCUCAUCUACAACUCAAAAUCGUGGCUCCCAUCAGUGGAAAAUGCAGGUUUUGCUCGUGUCAAGAUUCGAAGGCCUUCUCCCGAAAUAUCACUAUCUCCCUACGAAAAUUACAGCCCAUGGAUCAAUCACGUUAAUUACUUCCGAAUAACCUGGGUAUGCGGCGAUGGUCCAUACAAGAGCGGAAAUUCCAAGUACCUUCUGUCGGUGCUGAAAGAAACCCUGAGCGGCCACUCUGACUCUACGUUGGCAGCUGUCGUGCUGGAGGACUUGGAAAUUGAUCCAUAUUGUGGCGAUAUGAUCGUGCAUGCGUCAGAAGAAGACGUAAAACUACUCGUCAAUAAAUCAGAAAUGUGGGCACAGACGUUGAUUCGAUCUGAUGAAAUCGAACUACAUGAUAAAUACGGUCAUGUUGAAAGGGUUUGCAAGCAUACGGAUCUUCCAUCGGACCCGACCGGGCUUGUUACGUUCAGGAUCCGCUGGAAUUGCUCCGACCCGCCAUACAAGGAAUAUGAAACUCGUGGCAUCAAGCACUCGCACAUCUGCGAUAUGCUUCAGACCGCGCUAAAGGCGAGCGGCAGUCCGUCCCUAGCAGCGGUCUAUUUCACGGCAGUUGAACCGAGGUAUGUAUCUGGAGACGUUGACGUGUACACUACACAAAGAGACCGUGAACGCGUUAUCAAGUAUGCCCACUUGUGGUUCCCUCACUUGAAUCAAGGCGAGUUUGCUCGGAUACCGGGAAUCUACUAUCCGAAGUCUCAAACACCAAAGCUCCAGAUUGAGGCUUCUGGUGCGGAAGAACCCACGCUGCCAGCAGGACUUACGCCAAGUAAAGAACUGGGCGGAAGAAAGUCAAAUGUGUCCAAACGAAACCUUGAAGACAUUUCACAGUCCAAUCUCUCGCGCUCACAGCCAAGAAGCGCGAAGCGCAAGCGCCAGAGAAUCCGAAAGCAGCAGCGAAUGCAAGAAGAGCAAGAGAAUCAAGCACCAAUCCAAUCAUGA